GUGUCACACUCUUUACGGUCGGAGUUCACCACUGACGGAACUUUUCUCACCGAAAAGUUCUGCAGUGUUUUCUCGUCUUUUCUAGUCGUUAAAGAAGUUUCCUGUUUUUCCUCCGUUCUCCCGGAAAUCUCCAGUUUGUUCUGCGGGAAAUGAGGCUUCGGUGACGAGGAGCGAGCCCGAGCCGAGCCGAGCCGACUCACCCGGGUUAAAUCCCAGAAUAUGAGAAGAUGGCGUUGAUUCUGUGGAUUGUUGUGAUUUUACUGCGGAAUGUAGCAGCUGCAGGUGUGAUGUUCACAAAGCACCCGUUCAAUCAGACGGUGUCUCAGGGUAACGCAGUGAGGCUGGGCUGUGCUGUUCAGGGAGUGACUGAGCCCGACAUCGUGUGGAUGAAGGACGGAGACAAAGUGUUGAGCUCAGACCAGAUGUUCAUCACACUGGGAGAGAAACACUGGGAGACGUUCCACAGUUUUAAGUCAGUCCAGCAGCAAGAUGCGGGCCAGUACUGGUGUGAGGUGGAGUUCCACGGCCUGACAAUCUCCUCUGAACGAGCCUGGAUCACGGUGGAAGGUGUUCCUCACUUCCUCCAGGAACCUCAAGAUGUUGCCACAUUCCCUAAUGAGCCGUUCAACCUCACUUGUGAGGCAGUCGGCCCCCCUGAGCCAGUAGAGGUGCUGUGGUGGCUGGGGGGGGUCCAGGAGGGAGUGGCCAGAUCGUCCCCCUCUGUCCUCCAUGUGCAAGGAAUGAACAGCAGCAUCAAGUUUUACUGUGAAGCAAAGAACACCAGAGGAAUCUCAGUGUCCAGGACCGGCACAGUUCACAUUAAAGUGUUGCCGGCUGCUCCAGUCGGACUCCAAAUCCUGAGGAUGGUGGAUAACAACAUCACGUUGUCAUGGAAACCAGGAUUCACAGGUCACUCUGAGCUGUCCACCUGCAUCAUCCAGUUGUUGACGCGGUCCUUUAGGAGGCGGGACCUCCCUCAGCAGAAGGUUCUGGUUCCUCCUCACCUCCUUGUCCUGUCAGGUGUGAGGAGUCACUCCAACUACAGUGUGAGGGUUUCCUGUGUGAAUGAGGUGGGGGUGUCUCCUUUCUCCCCCUGGCUGCACUUCCAGACACCAGAGUCAGUUCCCUCUGCAGCCCCAAGGAACCUGACCUUAGUCCUGUCGGAGCAGCAGCUGAGUCUGAACUGGGCGAAGCUCCAGGAGGACGAGCUGCAGGGGAACCUGCUGGCCUACAAGGUGCAGUGGAUCCUGGGGAGAGAACGUCAGGAGCCUCUGCUGUUUAAGGAGAACUGGGCUCAGCUCUCAGGAGGAGGACGUUUUUUUAACGCCUCCUUCCAGGUGUCGGCCUGCACCUCAGUGGGUUGUGGACCCUGGAGUCCCCCAGUCCUUGUGCUGCCGGCCUCAGUGCAGGUCCAGGUCCAGCGGAGUCACAUGUGGGUCGGCCUGUUGCUCGGCCUGUUGGUGGCCACCGUGGUGGGCCUGCUGCUCGCCGCCAUCGCCCGCCGCCGGGGGAAAGAGACACAGUUUGGGUGGGCAUUGAAGCCUCCAGGUGCUGAGAGCUCCGUCUCCUUCACCGCCGCUCGCUCCUUCAGCAGAAACUGUGCUGUGCACGAGUCGACAUUGGACAGUCUGGGUAUAAACAAUGAACUGAAGAAUAAACUGCAGGACGUCCUGAUUCCAGAGAGGCUGAUCACACUGGGACACAUGCUGGGGAAAGGUGAGUUUGGCUCGGUGCGUGAGGCCUUCCUGAAGGCAGAGGACACGUCUGUCCAGAAAGUGGCUGUCAAAGUUCUCAAAUCUGACAUCACCUCGUCAGGUGACAUCGAGCAGUGUCUGAAGGAGGCGGCCAACAUGAAGGACUUUCAUCACCCCAACGUCAUCCAGCUCAUUGGAGUGAGUCUUCACCGGCGUCAAGGUCAGCGUCUACCCAUCCCGAUGGUGGUUCUUCCGUUUAUGAAACAUGGAGACAUGCACACCUUCCUGCUGCUGUCCAGACUGGGAGAGCAGCCGUUUGACCUGUCUCUGCACACACUGGUCCAGUUCAUGUUGGACAUCUCUCGGGGGAUGGAGUACCUGAGCAGCAGGAACAUCAUCCACAGAGACCUCGCCGCCCGAAACUGCAUGUGAGUGUGUCCACCAAUC